AUGGCAGCAGGUGUAGCGGCUUGGCUCCCCUUCGCCCGAGCGGCGGCCAUAGGAUGGAUGCCCGUGGCCAGCACCCCCAUGCCCAUCCCUCCCCAGGAGAGGAAGAAAGCCAAGGACGGACUCAUCAUCCUCAACGUGAGCGGCACCAAGUUCCAGACGUGGCGGAACACUUUGGAGCGCUACCCGGACACUUUGCUGGGGAGCACCGAGAGGGACUUCUUUUUCCACGAGGAGACGAGCGAGUACUUUUUCGACCGCGACCCGGACAUCUUCAGACACAUCCUCAAUUUCUACCGCACGGGGAAACUCCACUACCCGCGCCAGGAGUGCAUAGCCGCCUACGACGAGGAGCUCGCCUUCUUCGGCAUCAUCCCGGAGAUCAUCGGGGACUGCUGCUACGAGGAGUACAAGGACCGGAGGCGAGAGAACCAGGAGCGGCUCCAGGACGACGAGGACUUAGACAAUAGCAAUGACGCACCGCCGGUGAACCUGACGCACCGGGAGUUCCUGUGGCGGGCUUUUGAAAACCCCCACACCAGCACCAUGGCUCUGGUCUUCUACUAUGUCACCGGCUUCUUCAUCGCCAUCUCGGUCAUGGCCAACGUGGUGGAGACGGUCCCCUGCGGGUCUCUGCCCAACAGGUCCAAGGAGCUGUCCUGCGGGGACCGCUACUCGCUGGCCUUCUUCUGCUUGGACACCGCUUGCGUCAUGAUCUUCACCAUCGAGUAUCUCCUGCGCCUGGUCGCGGCCCCGAGUCGCUACAAGUUCAUGAAGAGCGUGAUGAGCGUCAUCGACGUGGUGGCCAUCAUGCCGUACUACAUCGGCCUGGUGAUGACCGACAACGACCAGGUGAGCGGCGCCUUCGUCACCCUCAGAGUCUUCCGGGUCUUUCGGAUUUUCAAGUUCUCCCGGCACUCCGCGGGGCUGCGCAUCCUGGGCUACACGCUGAAGAGCUGCGCCUCCGAGCUGGGCUUCCUGCUCUUCUCCCUCACCAUGGCCAUCAUCAUCUUCGCCACGGUCAUGUUCUACGCGGAGAAAGGCUCCACGUCCACCAAGUUCACCAGCAUCCCCGCUGCGUUCUGGUACACCAUCGUCACCAUGACAACACUGGGGUACGGUGACAUGGUGCCAAAAACCAUCGUGGGGAAGGUGUUCGGGUCCAUCUGCUCUCUGAGUGGGGUGCUGGUCAUCGCCUUGCCUGUCCCUGUCAUAGUGUCAAACUUCAGCCGCAUCUACCACCAAAGCCAGCGGGCGGAGAAGCGACGAGCCCAAAGGAAAUCGCGGCUUGCUAAAAUCCGUGCUGCGAAGAUUCGAGGCACUAAUGCCUAUAUGCACUACAAACAAAAUGGGUUCCUGAUCAACUCACUGAAGGAGGCCUCCAAGGAGGCAGGAAAAGCCCUGGUGGCGAAGGCCGCAGGCCCUCCCUUUGAGAUCCAGCAUCAUCAUCUGCUGCACUGCCUGGAGAAAACCACGAACCACGAGUUUGUGGACGAGCAGACGUUCCAGGCCAACUGCAUGGAGAUCUCCACGAUGAACAAGUCAGGGUCCCGCAACUCCUCGAUGUCGUCGUCGCCGCACAGACUCAGCUCGUGCUGCUCGCGACGAAACAGGAAGAAGAGCAGCUUCAGCCUGCCCAGCACAAACAACCAGGAGCUCAGCACCAUACAGAUUAGAGAGAGGCCAGUGGUCAACAGCCGCUCCUGCCUGAAUGCCAAACUCGACGGUACUGUGCCCUUGAAAUGUGACGAAGCUUACAUCACUCCCUCCAUGGUCCGCCUGUCUGCCCCGGUGAUGACCUCAUCGGACGGGGACGGCUCCACAACCGCCAUCGCGUACUCGCAGAGCAACAUUGUCCGAGUAUCUGCCUUGUAG